AAGUAGGAUUCAUUCUAACGCCCAGUUGUCCGUUCGCCAUUUUGAGGCAGUCAAGCGAAGCUGAGGCAGAAGCAGUAACGGCCUUAGAACGACUUACAUUCAACCUUCCCAGGCCAAGCCGAGAUCAUGAGCGGCAGUCGAGUCUUCAUCGGCCGCCUGAGCCCACACGCCAGAGAGAGGGACGUGGAGAAGUUUUUCAAGGGGUUCGGACGGAUCCGCGAGAUCAACUUGAAGAAUGGAUUCGGUUUUGUGGAGUUUGAUGAUCACAGGGAUGCGGAUGACGCCGUGUACGAAUUAAAUGGCAAAGAACUGUGUAGUGAAAGGGUCACCAUAGAGCAUGCUCGCUCCAGGAGAGGAAGGGGGGUCGUCGGCAGUGGUGGGGGCGGCGGCUCCAGAAUGGGAGGCUUUAGUGGUUAUCGGCAAUCACGCAGUAGUGGCUCCAGGUAUGGACCACCGGUGCGCACGGACCACCGGUUGAUAGUGGAGAACCUGUCGUCACGCAUCAGCUGGCAGGACCUCAAAGACCUGAUGAGAAAAGCUGGAGAGGUGACCUUUGUUGAUGCACACAGGCCCAACAAAAACGAAGGGGUUGUUGAGUUUGCAUCCCGCAGUGACAUGAAGAACGCCAUCUCCAAGCUGGAUGGCACCGAGCUUAACGGACGCAAGAUUAAGAUCUUUGAGGACAGUCGCGGCCACAGCAGGAGCCGUUCUCGCUCCCGCAGCCGCAGCUACUCGCGCAGCCGCUCCCGCUCCCGCAGUCGCAACCGCUCCAGGAGCCGCAGCCGCUCCCGCACACCCAGCCGCACCCCAGAAAAGAAGGCGGCAAGCGGCGGCAGUGGCACCAAAGCCGGUGACCGCUCCCCCUCCCGCUCCAAAUCCCGCUCCAAGUCUCGCUCAAAGUCUCGCUCCAAGUCCCGGUCCCGGUCCCCGCGCUCCCGUUCCCGUUCGCCAGCCCCGGCUCAGAACAACCAGUCGCGCUCCCGUUCCAGGUCCCGCUCACGAUCCCGCUCUGCCUCCGCUGAGAGCAAACACUGAGAACGAAAAGUUGUGUACAUGAUUGUCUUUUUAUUAAAUUCCAUGAAUGGUGGCUUCUUAAUCAUUUUUGUUUUGUUUUUUUUGUCGUUCUUAGUUUCGAGGUGCUUCCACAAGAAAGCCCAUCUUUUUUUCUCUCCCUUUCUAAUAUGUGGUCGCGCCCCUUCGUAUGGUUUAAGUCCUAUUUUGUAAUGUUUGUGUCAGAGCAUGAGCGAGCGUACUUAAUUUUGGUGCAGGCGCCAUCCUUUUGAGAUGACACUUGUUGCAUUCACUGCCCUCACCUAUGAACAAGAUGCAUUUCGAUGGACUGUUUGACGUAUCGUCAGGACGUUAUUACAUGCAGGAAUUGUUCAUUCAAAAUAAAGCUCGCUCAUUUCUGAUGGCAAAACAAGUGACUUUCACUGUUUUAUGUUUUGUGGAUUGAGUCACAUUUGUUGUCUGACAAUAAACUUUUCACAAACUGA